AUUACAUUGGGUUGCUUUAAACACAGCAUACUUAUUAAUCGCUACAGACAAUUUUCCAAAAGUAAUAUACAAUUAUAUAGUAUUAACAACAUGUAUGAGCAUAAUAUACAAUUUUUUUUUUUUUAUCUAUAUAUAUUUUUUUUUAUCAUAAUUUUGUUUCCUAUAUUUUUAUUUUUUUUAUUUUUACUAUUUCUUUCAUUCAUUUAUUAGCAUUAUACAUCCCUUUCUGUUCCUUCUCUCACUCUAUACAUUUUUCUCGUUCCCUAGAUUUUCUCCUCUCUUUUCCUAACCUAAUUCAUAACAUGCAUACAAAUACAUAAAGUGCAGUGGACGUGGUCAAUAAAUAAUGUAAAAAUGCUGUAAAACACACAUGCCUCCCCCCAUGAACAAACUCUCUAUCCAUGCACAUGGUGAUGGAUAAUUCCCAGGGAGUCAAGGAUUAUGUUCUCUGCCAACCUUGCCACGUCCUUUAUGUCGACACCAAGGCCCUCCAGGAAGCUCCUUGUUGAGUCUGGUAUCGUUCCGCGAGCUCCAAAUCAAAGGCCUCUCACGUGGAACUCUCUCGUGAUCAGUUUGGAGAUGAGAAAACUAAAGAGUCGAAGGUUACCCAUUAGGAUACCUCCUCUGCCAAAUAUAUUAAACGGACCACUGAACAGUAUUGCGAUAGACUUCGGCUAUGAUCCGAGAAAGAACGACUAA